AAGGAAUUCCAGAAGAAGGAGCGACCUGACCAUGUCCGGUACGCUGUCAAGCACUUGUUCAGCCACUUGGAUCCUCUGGCGUUGUUCUCGCAAGAUUCCAACGAAUUGCAGGAGGAGUUUGAUCAUUUCCUUACCCAAAGCCUGCUUUCGUUCAUUGCGCUGUCGGGUGGUGACUUCGAGUUGCCAGGUGAAUUACUUCGAUCUGACGUAAGUUUAGACUCUGUUGAUUUCAAUAGUGUGACAUUAUUUCACUCUAGAAUCACAAUUCAACUCAGCUAUUGAGAGAAACCAAAAGGAUAAGCAAAUAUGUCCUUCACCCUUGUUAUGGGUGCAGAGGCGAAGCUAAAGGGUACUCCUUGAUGGGGCCUGUGUAUUCAUUUGAUCCCUGGCACAUUUUUCGAUCGAUGCUUCCCUUCACUCCAACUCCAUCCCCACUCUUCAAAUUGUACCAUCAUCUCUUGGAUCCCGUUCGGAUCUUCAGCAUUUCCGGAGAGUUCGCUGGUCAUUUAAUUCCAUUAAGCAAGGACUCACUCAAUGCUCGGAAGGUCAUGCAGGCAAAGCUAAGCAAUCGGCGAAAGGUGGUUGAUCACAGGGGUCUGGAGAUAAUCGAUUACAAAGCUGAAUUUCUUGAUCCUGAUAUUCGAAAAAGCAUCGUGAGCUCGGCAGCGAUCUCAAAGGACGGUCAUUUCAUUGCGCUCGGCUUUGGAAAUGGUGACAUCGAAGUUGUUGACAUUGAUCAGCAGCAUGCCAUCACUCGAUUCCAAUGUAACUCGCGCAAUCCCCUAGCAUGGAUCGAGUUUAUCUCCGGCGGGCAUCGGAUUGCUGUCGAAGACAAUGAGGGGAACAUAUUCAUCUUCGACAACGGUAUGCAGCCGCUGAAGCUUGGUACCCUCCCCAGUGGGUGUUAUCCACCUGUCACUGAGGUGGCGGAUAAUGGGUCGUUCAUUGUACGACUCCCGCGGCAUCUUGGCUCCUACUGGUAUGACGGCGUGGCGAUCCUGUAUCUUUCGGGGGAGCCAUCCAUUUGUAUUUUUUCCACCCCUGGGUUUAUACCUGUUCCAGCUCGCCUCCCAACUAUUCCUUGCGGUCUCACACUUGAACUGUCUCCUGGUGCACGAUAUGUUGUCGCUUGUGAUCGGAAACACGCUUUCAUUUGGUCAACAGAGUCGCGCAAGUUCAUCGCUCAUUAUGACCUACCAAAUUUCGAAGCUUUUGUUACUGGUGCAACAACAUUCCGCCCGUACAUCGCCACUGGGACCCAGCAUUCAGAGGGUAGUAUCCCUCAUAUUCAGGGUUCCGGGGUUGAGUGCGACUUGGACAAAUCGUGGCUGGAGUCGCUGUCUCAUAAACGCUUAUAUCAUUUUUAUAGUCCAGCAAUGGGUGGUGCCGCGAAGCCAAAAUUAUAUCUCAAUAACACAUUGAAACUCAUUCUCCCAAUUGAAUAUCAUCCAGUUCCUAACCGGCCAGAAGGAUGGUAUGGGGAUCGGGUGAUAUGGGUUGAGGAUUUCAUCUACUUUCCUCGUGCUAGCGAGGAUGGGACGCGACUUUUGGUUCAGGGUGGUAUGAAAGCCCCGAUUGUCGUUGAUAUCGGCCAAAUCGCUUAGCAUCUCUGUUGAUGUCCAUGAUCCCCUUUCUUUGUCCAUUCGAGUUCUACUAUUUGGAGGGUGGAGGAAGAAUUAA